AUGGCCAAGGAUAACCAGUGGAACUUUGUUGACGAUGAAUCGGAGGCCUGUGAUGCCAUGCUGGCACCUCCACCUGCCCGCUCUGCCAAUGGACAUGCCGAACGCAUGUGGCAGUUCCAGGUUCUUAUGAAUGAUGACAUGGCUGCCGGUGAAAAGUUAGCUGUGGUCGGCAACUGCGAUUCGCUGGGAAACUGGCAGCUCAGUGGCGCUAUCCUAAUGAGCAAGGAUGACGAGGAUUCGAAUGUGUGGAGUGUGGAUAUCCCCUUGCCAAGGGAUCGCACAAUUGCCUAUCGCUAUUUUGUUUGUGCCGUGGAUCCGACCAGUGAAAAACUCUUGGUUCGCCGUUGGGAAACCUCAUUGGCACUGCGUCAAAUAGCCAUCGAUGAGCCAGGGCCACGUCGCGUCGAUCCGGAUAUCUUUGGUGUUGUUAACGAUGUUACAAAGGUGGAUCGUGGUUGGUUGUCAACGGAAACCAUUGUCCAAUUUAAAAUUUUCAAUGCCCCAUUCUCGUGGAAGCAACGCAUGAAGAAGCGUCUGAUGUUUGUCAAAGUGACACCCAUGAAUUUGCGUAUACCAACUGGUGCUGCGACAGAUAAUAACCUGCUGGCGGGUUCUAUAGCACCUUUGGAAGAUUCCCUGUCCAACGAUACGCAUGACACCCGAGAGAAUGGUGGCGACUGUGGCCUUGCAUUUUCCUUUUCCGAAGUUGUUACCCUGUCGGCGGAUGACAGUGUUAUCAAGCCUCAACCUCAGUUUGGCGUACGGUGUGGCCCCGAUGAUCUGGUCAUAUUCCAUUUGACAAUUGGUGAUUUCGAGAACACCGCCUAUUUGAUUGAUUUGUAUACGUACAGCUCCAAGGCAGAAGAAGAUGAACCACCCCACCACUUGGGCUAUCACUAUGUCCUGCCAAAUCUAUUCAAAAUGUCCGAGGGUCGUUUGGAAGUACCCAUUACAUGUGCCUCUAAACAUCGUCCCAUGGGUAUGAUGCAAUUGGGUUAUCUGCUGAUAAAACCCACACCCUCCCUCAAUUUGGAUAUGUCGGUUUCGUAUACACGUUAUUGGAACAAGAAAUGGUCUGGUCUGGAUGUGGGUCAUCGUGGUUCCGGCACCUCUUUCAAAACCAAUGAUAUGUCCAUCAGAGAGAAUACGAUUACCUCAUUGAAAAAUGCCGCUGCUCAGGGUGCUGAUAUGGUGGAAUUCGAUGUCCAGUUAAGUAAAGAUUUAGUGCCUGUGGUAUAUCACGAUUUUAUGAUUUAUGUCUCACUCAAAUCCAAAUGUAAAAUGGAAGAACAUGAUUUUCUCGCGCUACCAGUACGUGAGUUAACACUACAACAGCUGAAGAAUCUAAAAGUCUAUCACACCACAGAGGGUAAAUCGCGUGCAUCACGUUCCUUCCAAGAUGAAGACUUGCAGGAGCAUCAACCAUUCCCACCGUUGGCCGAUGUCCUCGAUGCCAUUGAUCCCCAUGUAGGAUUCAACAUUGAAGUGAAAUGGUCUCAGCGUCUGCAUGACGGCACAAUGGAAGAAGAAUUUGAACACAUUAUUGAUCGUAAUCUCUAUGUGGAUUGUAUUUUGGAUGUAGUGUUUCGUAAAGCGGGCAAGCGUCGCGUGGUGUUCUCAUGUUUCGAUCCGGAUAUUUGUACAAUGUUGCGUUUCAAACAGAAUCGUUAUCCUGUGAUGUUUUUGACCAUCGGUGUGACAGAGAAAUAUCAAAAAUAUUUGGAUCCACGUGGUAAUCGUAUUGAGACGGCUGUUUUUAAUUCCCUGGCAAUGGAGCUGUUGGGUAUUGUGGCACACACCGAGGAUUUGCUGAGAGAUCCCUCGCAGGUAAAUCUGGCCAAAGAACGAGGUUUGGUUGUAUUCUGUUGGGGUGAUGAUAACAAUUGCAAAGAUACCAUUAAAUUGCUGAAAAAUUUAGGCUUGCAUGCAAUUAUUUAUGACAAAAUGGAUGUGCUGACUUCCAAGGAGAUAAAGCAAAGCGUUUUUCUACUGCAGGCCAAGGAAAGUCAAAACGAAUUGUUAAAAUUACAAGCUUUGGAAAUGGGCAAAGUCUGGCAUACAACAUCAUCGCCAUCAUCAUCCUCCUCCUCGUCAUCUUCGCCCAACUAA